AUGGUUCCAAGAUUCGGAUCCACCUUUGGCGUCAAUCUGAUGGGAGACUAUGUGACCUUCACCAACGAACCGAAGAACGUGCAAGCCGUGUUGGUGUCAAAAUUCAACGAUUUCGAGAUUGGCCAACGGCGUCGUGAUAACUCCGCUGAGCUGCUGGGCAUUGGUGUCUUUAACGCUGACGGCCGGACAUGGGAGCACGGCCGAGCCCUGCUCUCCCGACUGAUGGGACCGCGGUGGACAUUCAAGAAUGGGUGUUUGGAAACCCUGAAAGCUAUCAAGAAGGCCUAUCCAGACGCCUUUGUUCGGGCACUUCAGGUGGACCGAGCCUACCACUCGCAUCAUAUGGAGACCGUCGCACCUGAAUAUGUGGAGCUUCUCACCAAGCAGGGAGUUCACGCCAUCGAUCCCUCAGUCAAAUUCUUUCCCAGUGUUACUGGCAAGCAAGUGGACCAAAGCCAAGAGCUCAGCCCCAUGUACUGGGCCAAAAACCUCGUCUCUCCAGUACGCUUUUCGACAGCCAUCGGGGAGCUGGUGCAGUCUCUGGCUGGCCCUAAGGCUUUCUUAGAAAUUGGACCUCAUUCUGCCCUGGCUGGGCCUAUUCGGCAGACCCUCCAACACCAUAAGUCAACUGACGAAUAUUUCAUCACACUGACUCGGGGUAGUGACUCCCAUAAGGAUCUGCUGAAGGCAGUUGGUGAGGUGUGGCUGCAGAAUAUUCCAGUGAAUCUGGCUGCAAUUUCGGGCCGAGGAAGUUUCCUGCCAGACUUGCCUCUCUACCCAUGGCACUACGAGGAGCCCCUAUGGUCCGAAAGUCGCCUGGCCAAAGAAUGGCGGUUGAGGGACUUCCCUCAUCAUGACAUCCUCGGAUCACGGGUCCUUGAAAGCACUGAUGAGAAUCCUAGCUGGCGCAAUAUCCUCCGUCUCGAUGUGGUGUCGUGGAUAAAGGAACACGAAGUAGUCGGUGACAUUGUCUUCCCAGGCGUUGGCUACAUAUGUAUGGCUGGAGAGGCCAUUCGUCAACUUACCGGAGAGACUGGGUUUACAGCCCGCCAUGUUCAUAUCAAGGCUGCCCUGGUCAUGCACCAGGGCCAGGACGUGGAAGUGAUCACUCAGUUGCAAAGGAUCCCAGUCACCAAUGUGGUCGACUCAAAGUGGUACAACUUCACUGUACAUUCUUAUAGCAAGGGAACCUGGGUUAAGCACAUCUUUGGCCAAGUCCCUGCAGGAUCGGAUCGAGAGCACCGAGCUCCACCAUUAGAACCACUAACGCGCCAAUUGUCCCGACGCGGUUGGUAUCGCAAGAUGAAGAAAAUGGGACUUGAAUAUGGAUCGCGAUUCAUGGGUCUGACUGACAUGACUGCUCACCCCAUUGAACGCAAAACCAUCGCUACCGUGGUGAAUGAUAUCCGUGAAGGAGAAUCUCAAUAUGCGGUACACCCUGUGUCUCUCGACUGUUUACUUCAAGCCAUUGUUCCUGCCACCUUCAAUGGGCUGACAAGACGGUUCCAACAUCUCGGGAUCCCCACUUACAUGGAAGAGAUCUAUGUUGCAAUUGACAUCAAGGGAUUGCAGAUGUCUGCAAUUGGUGAUGCGGCUGAUGCCUCUGGCCAGGAUCCACAUGCCGCAGUCGAACUGGAAUGGCGUGAAGAUAUCAAUCUGAUAAAUGAUGCUGCCAGACUUAUUCACCCAGCGAAGGACCGAAACGAGAUAUACCACAUGCUGGAUAGGUUUGCCUCGGCCUGCAUGAUGAAUACUGUCACCCGCCUUCAAGGAGUCGAGCCAACCCGGUCGCAUUUGAGUCAUUACCAGAAAUGGAUUGAAUCGACUGCAGACCUAAUCAAGCUCGGCAAAUACCCUGGACUUCAGCCCGGGGAUAAGAUCGCGCAGGCCUCGGACGUGGAGCGGGUUGAUAUCAUCGAGGAUCUAUAUCUUUCUCUCCUGCGUACGGAUGCCGACGCGACCGCGACAGCCAUCUAUCGAAUCUGGAAAGAAUGCCAGGGCAUCUUCACUGGUGAAACCGAAGAUCUUGGACUCCUUCUGGAAGAUGAGGUUAUACAUUCGUUGUAUGACUUCAUGCAAAACUCGGAAUAUAGGGUGUUCCUCGAGCUUCUCGCACAUCGGAAGCCAAACCUCAGGGUAUUGGAGAUUGGUGCAGGCACAGGAGGCACUACUGCGACGGUUCUUCCUGCUUUGCAGUCGCUUUAUGGAGAGCGAAUGUACCAUUCAUACACAUACACCGAUAUCAGUGCUGGAUUCUUCUCAGCAGCAAAGAAGCGAUUUGAGAAUUACCCCGGAAUGGAAUUUGCGACGUUGGAUAUUUCGGAGGAUCCACUCGCCCAGGGCUUCGAAGCAGAGUCCUUUGAUCUGAUUAUUGCCUGCAAUGUGCUGCAUGCGACGCCAACUCUUCAUGACACUCUUGCGAAUGUGCGCAAGUUGCUCCAUCCUCUGGGUCGCCUCUUCCUUCAAGAAUUAUCGCCAGCCACAAAAUGGAUUAACUAUGUCAUGGGUCCGUAUAUCACUGUCGAAAGGUGGGAAGCCCUGCUGAGCCAGACUGGCUUCUCGGGCAUUGAUUUAGUGAGCUACGAUGGAUACCUGAACAACAAUAUUAUCGCCAGGCCAGUGGCGGACACGAAACGACCAAACCGCAUCACACUACUACAUUCAGCUGAAAGCCCUUCUGCCGCAGCCUCCAUCAGCCAACUUCUCUCCUCAGCUGGCUUUGGUGUUGAUCUCUAUGCAAUUGAGAGUACAAACACACCACCCCCUGCACAGCAGGAUAUUGUGUCUGUUUUGGACCUUGGCGGGCCCUUCUUCCAUAAUUUGCAUCAAUCUUUAUUUGAAAACAUCAAGGGACUGCUUUCACACUUGCAGCAGACGGACAGCGGAAUCUUGUGGGUUACAGGAGCUAGACAGGUAGGCUGCCGGGACCCCAGGUAUGCAAUGGUUAACGGAGUUGCACGUGUCAUUCGCACCGAGAUGAACCUGGACUUUGCGACAUUGGAGUUGGAGAACUCCGAGCAGGAAACUGUUGCUCUAGUACCGCAGGUUCUGGGAGGGUUCCAGCGCGCCGCACUUCUAAGCAGAAUAUCAAUACAACUACAGAUUGCGGAGGAGCUGAAGAACAAGGGGUUUGCUGACAACUCCACCGUCAAGAAGCUGGAGCAGACCAGGCCCGGUCUUGUUGAUACGCUGUGCUGGAAGGAAAUAUCAGUUUCCCGUGGGCUAGGUGAAAACGAUGUUCUGGUUCUAGUCAAAUAUGUUGGGAUGAACUUCAAACACCGGAGUUAUCACGAGAAAUCCUCAAUCGGUCGGGGACUAGGAUAUGAAGGAAGUGGCCUCAUCCUCCAGGUGGGAUCCGCCGUGCACAAGCUUUCAGUGGGAGAUCUAAUUAUUAUGAGCUCAAGUGGAUCUCUCACCACCACCCAGCAGCUUGAUCAGCACCUCUGUGUUAAAAUGCCAAAUUCCCUUACCUACGAAGAAGGUGCUACAAUGUCAGCGGUCUAUUGUACCGCGAUUCACUGCCUCCUAGACGUUGGUGGAUUGCGGAAAGGACGGUCUGUUCUGGUUCAUUCCGCAAGUGGAGGUGUCGGUAUUGCAGUCUUGUACAUCGCGCAUAUGGUUGGCGCAGAAAUUUAUGCUACAGUUGGAAGUGAGGAGAAGGUCCAAUUUCUCAUGAGCACUUUCAAUAUUCCGCGUCAUCGUAUCUUCAACUCUCGCACCAGCGAGUUUCUUCCGCGCGUCAUGGAGGAGACAAAUGGCGUGGGAGUUGAUGUAGUGCUCAACUCCCUUUCGGGAGAGCUUUUGCAUGCUUCCUGGAAAUGCACUGCAGAGUUCGGCACUUUCGUCGAGAUUGGCCGGCGUGACUUUGUCGGCCAGGGCUUGCUUGGCAUGCAACUAUUCGAGCCUAACAGGAGCUUUGUCGGGUUUGAUCUUCUUCUGUUCUCUAACAAGCGACCGGAGAAAAUCGAAAGCAUCAUGACUCGUGCGAUGGACUAUUACCGAGCUGGCUUUAUUCAACCCAUCAAGCCAACAACCACAUUUGAUGCUCGCGGACAACACACGGGCAAGAUUGUCAUUGCCAUGCCAGAGAAUAGUACAGAGCUGCCAGCCGAACCAUCACGGCAAGAAUUGGUUCUGCGUCAAGAUCGGGCCUACCUAUUUGUUGGUGGACUGGGUGGCUUGGGUCGGUCGAUUGCAACUUGGCUUGUAGAGCAUGGGGCCCGCCAUCUUGUGUUCAUGGCACGAUCGGCUGUUAAUAUCCCUGAUGAUGAUCCAUUUGUUCAAGAGCUAGCAGUCCUUGGAUGCACCACUACUAGAAUAUCUGGUGAUGUUUCUAAGCAUGAGGAUGUCCUUCGGGCUAUUCGGGCAUCUGGAAAGCCUGUUGGUGUUCUGCAGGCCUCCAUGGUGCUUCGGGACAAGUCUUUCUUGGAUAUGAAAUGGGAUGAGUGGCAGGCCGCAGUCCAGCCUAAGGUACAAGGAACAUGGAAUCUUCACCGCGCGCUCCUCAGCGAGCAGCCGGAAGAGUCCCUGGACUUUUUCUUCCUCUUCAGCUCGGCCGGCGCAAUGAGUGGCCAAUGGGGACAGGCUAAUUACAAUGCUGGCAACACAUUCCUGGACGCCUUUGUCGCCUAUCGGCAUUCCCUCGGGCUCCCUGCCUCCACAGUCAACAUUGGCGUUAUCCAGGACAUUGGAUACGUCAGCCAGAAUUCAGAGAUCCUAGGCUCCCUGCGCUCCACAGCGCAGUAUCUCAUGCGAGAGCCUGAGCUGCUUGAGUCAAUUGAGCUCAUGCUCCAUAGAUCUUCGCCCACAGAAUCAGUUGCCGAUCAAACUCUGAGCCGCUAUGUGACCCGGUCGCAAAUCGGCAUCGGCAUGCGGUCCACGUUGCCCAUAGAUGCGUCGAACAAUCGAACCAUUUGGCGAAAGGACCCACGUAUGCUGGUCUAUAGGAACGUCGAAGGGCAAUCCGGACCAGUAUCGUCUUCCACCGGGUCCGAUCAAGUUCUGACCCACUUCCUUAGCGAGAUUGGCUCCAACAUGACUAUGUUGAAAGCUCCCGAGUCGGUGGAGCUGCUGGCCGGUGAAAUUGGCCGAACGUUGUUUGGGUUUUUGAUGCGGGCAGAGGCCGAAAAGAUUGAUUUUGAUGUGCCGCUUGCCAGUGUUGGAAUUGACUCGCUCAUCAGCGUCGAGUUACGCAACUGGAUUCGCCGGAAAAUUGGUGUGGAGGUUACCGUGUUGGAGAUUGUGCGGGCAGACAGCGUGAGGGAUUUGGGUGUGGUUGCCCAAAAGAAGUUGGUGGAGAAGUAUGAAUCUCUUGUUUGCCAUGAAUGCGCCACUUUGAAAGCGAUUCCCGCUCGCCGUGACGGUGGCCGUUGCUGCCCAGCAAUCCUGCGCACCAGUCGCCUGAUCUACCAUGAAGUCCUGCGAGAAUGGUACGGGUCCACCCAUCUGUGCAAAACGCCCACAGGGAUGCUGGAGCUGCUGAGCUGGAACUUGGGCCCACUACGAUGCCACGUCAAGGAUCUGAACUGGAUGCAAUACGAGCUCAAAGAGCAGAUCUAUGGGAUCCAAAGCGAGGAGUCCGGACAGUCUUACACCGAACUUCGGUCGAUUAAUGUUUGGGUGAUAUGA